AUGUUCCUCUUGCCGCUCAGAAGCCGCUUCUGUGCUGACGCCAAACACCUGCAGCCUUCGGGCCCUUAUGCACACUCGAGCCCUUUCGGCAGUCGUGAGUGAAGAGGGUCAUCUCAAAAGCCGUGCAGAGCACCUUUCCUUCGUACCUAUCCCCGCUUGGACAUUCAUUCGCUCGCUCUUCUCAUCCCUUUGGCUACUCGCUCGCCUGCCUUCCAAACACCUCAUCGGUAGCGACAGACAGCACUCCAAGAAGUUUGCAUCCUGCCAUAGGAACGCCCAACCUUUUUUUCGCGUGAGUCGCCGCUUCUGUCUUCUACCUAUCUGCUACUCGAGAACUGUUCCGCGCUUGCUGUCUUGAUGGUUCCUGUGUUGCACUGGGAGUCGAUGCUCGCGUGUUGCAUCGGGGGGUGGCCUAGGCCCAUAGACUGUAGGCGGGAGGAGCUUCCGCUGGCUUGGACUGAGGAGGUCAGGGUGCUGGCCAAGGCUGGAGCAAGGGCUGCUCGCGAUCGCGACAGAAGCUAUAUGCUGGGUGCGAGCAAGACCCAGGUGCGGUGCCUCGCGUGGGCGGAUCAAAUUGUUGACGCCGGUGCUCGGACGCCAAGGGUGCGCACGGCUCGAGAGAAUUCUCUCGAUCACGCUCGCUCCGUCCCUUGCCCUCACCAGUCACGAGUCUGUUUUUCCAAGCGCAUUCAUCCGAAGCUCGGAGGUGCUACGUGGUACUGACAUUCGAUUGCUGGUCUGUCUUUGGCUGCCCCUCUCCGCUCCUCGUUAUCACUUCCGUAUCGCGCCAUGUGCGCCAAAUGAUUCAUCGCGUCUUUCCAACUGCAAUCCGUGUAUAGUCCUAAGGCUCGCCAACAACGGAUCUACGCUCCGGGCCGAAACGAUCCUGGGAGGGCCAGUCUUUUGAGGAGCUGA